CAGUGCCAGAGCACUGGUCAGGGUUGGAUGCUCCAUAAAACCAUUCCCCUUCAUGGAUCUGAUACCCCACUGUGUCCAUUGUGCCUGUGCCUUGCAGACAGCACCCAGAGCUUAUCAGGAGCCAUGCCAGGCUGAAUUCCAGCUGCCCUGGGAGCAGCUGUGCUGUGGCAGCCCCACGGCCGUGCCCAGCAGCCGGAUCUGGAGAGCGGGAACGGCCCCACGUGCCCAUGGAGCACGGGCCUGGCUGCCAGGUGCCUUUGUGAGAGGGCCCAGCAGGGCAGGGUGACACUGCACAGCCUGGAGAGCAAACAACAGCCCUCUGCAGAUGGCUUUGCCCAAGGUUCUCCUCUGGCCAUGCUGCUGGUGGCCGGAGUCCCUCUAUAAAACCUCUGCCCUCAGACGCCGCGCACACCUCGGAUCCUGUGGGCCAAGAUCCCCCCUGGCCUCCAGCCAUGAGGGUGCUCUGCGUGGUCUUUGCUGUGCUCCUGCUUCUCUCCCUGGCCACCCCAGGGCACGGGCAGCCCAAGGGUUUUUGUGACGGGUACUGCGCCCACGCGUGCGACGAAACUGAGGAGUGGUCCUUCAACCCCUACUGCGAGGAGCUGCACUGCUGCAUCCCCUCUCCCAAAAAGGGGAAAUGACCCUGGAGGAGUCCAGCCCCGCAGCCGUGGAGCUCCCUGCGCUGUGUCCAGGGCGUGGCAGAGACGAUGCUCAGUGCUUUGAAGUAAAGAUGGGCAGAUAAGAUC